AUGAAAUCCGUGGUGAUAUCCGGCUUCGUAGCCGGGCUUUUGAGCCAAUAUGCUGCGGCAGAGACACAAGCCUCGUCCGCCACGACGUUCGACUGGACCGCCUUGAAACCAUCUACAUCCCUCGAUUACACCACCUGCUACGGAGACUUCAAGUGUGCCAAGUUAUCCGUUCCUCUCGACUGGCUUAGCAACUCUACUUCUGUCAACGGCACAUCUCGCGUCAACCUAGCCAUCAUCACACUACCAGCCACAGUAGACGAGAGCGAUCCCUCAUUCGGCGGAACCAUCAUCACCAACCCCGGUGGUCCGGGAGGUUCAGGUGUGACGUUCCUCCUCCAAGCCGGAAAGUACAUGCAGAAGAUGGCGGACGACACCAAACACUACGAAUUCCUGUCUUUUGACCCGCGCGGUGUCUCGUACUCCGAGCCCAGGUCGGACUGCUUCAACAACGAAUUCUCGCGAGACUACAACACCAUGGAGCUCCGUGCCAUGGGGCCCCUGGAUUCGGGAUUGAGCGUCGUGAGCCGGCAAAAGGCGCUGUACGCCUCUUUCGGAGAGCUGUGCAAGGACGGCUCCGAGAUCCACGCUUACAUGUCCACGGCGAGCGUGGCGAGGGACAUGGUUGAGAUUGUGGACAAGGUCGAAGAAUUGCGGAACAGGAACGGAACCGUUAGCACAAAAUUGCGUGCUCGUGGUGGACCCCGACGAGUGCACCAGCGAGAGGAGAAGGAUGUUCCGAGGAUCCAAUACUGGGGAAUCUCGUACGGAACCCUGCUCGGAAACUCCUUCGCUUCCAUGUUCCCCGGCCGCGUUGGCCGCAUGCUCCUAGAAGGUGUCGUAGAUGCCCCUGACUAUAUCGCCGGCUUGUGGUCUAAGAACCUACAAGACGCGCAAAAAGACUUCGGAACACUAUACACCACAUGUUUCGAAGCCCGCAGCAACUGCUCCCUCUACGACACCGGCGACUCCAGCCCAACCGACAUUCAAGCGCGCGUUGAAAAGCUGCUCAACGCGCUCGACGAGAACCCCGCGCCCGUCAUAGCCGGGAGUAGCAUCGAAGGGAUCACGGGCACGGACGUGCGCAACGUGAUCUUCCAAGCUUUGUACCAGCCGCAGCUCUACUUCGCGGACCUCGCCGACACGCUCGCGGCGACCAUAUCCGGCAACUUCAGCGCGUUGUACUCGACCCUGGGCGUGCCAUCCGCCUCGGCCUUCUGCCCGUCGACGCUGCCGACGACCUACUCCUGGGAGUCGGACGCGCUGUACGGCGUCGGGUGCGGCGACGCCGUGCCUCAGAACAACGUCAGCGCGUCGGACUUCGUGUCCUACGUCGCCGAGCUCAAGGGCCAGUCCACGGACUUCGCGUCGAACUGGGCCAGCAUCCGGCUCGCAUGCACGGGAUGGCGCGUGCGCCCCAAGUACCGGUUCAUGGGGCCCUUCACGACGCCCGCGUCCGAUUCGAGCAACGUGAAGGGCAAGCCGUCGGCGCCGCUGAUGUUCCUGUCCAGCCGCUACGACCCGGUCACCCCGCACGCGAACGCGGUCAAUAUGGCGAAGCAGCACCCUGGCUCCGGCGUCCUGGUGCAGGAUAACGCGGGACACGCUACGAUUUGGACGCCGGGCGCGUGUCGCGACGGGUAUGUUAGGAAGUACUUCGAGACGGGCGAGGUGCCUGCUACCGGGACCGUGUGCCAGCCCGAUUGCAAGCCCUUCCAGGACUGCCCCGGGCUGGCCUCGACGAAUUCUAAGAGGGACUUGGGUGGCGUGGUCCCGAUGCCGGAGUGGCCGAGGCGGAGCAGGGCGCCUUUGGGAGUUAUGGGUUGA